AUGCGGAGACUCCAGUCUCUGCAACUGGCCGUCCCAUCACAAUGCGCCGCCGCACCCCGACCGUCCUUUGCCGCCGCCCGCGCCAUCUCGACGACCAGCCCCGCGCGCAGCAAGAACACGGACUGGAUCCGGGGCAAGCUGUGGAAGGGCGAGGCCCCCGGCCCGGCCGACCCUUACACGCAGCGGAUGGAGCCCGAGGCGCAGACAAACCUGCCGGAGGAGGCGCUCGAGAGCAGCAGCAGCAGCAGGUCGCGCCGUGACAAGACGCCGGCCGCCGUGCGGGAGUCGAGGCUGGCGCUGCCGGGCAGGAGGACCGAGGUCGCGGCGGAAAAGGAGCUGCAGGCGUCGGACCCGACGUACGUGCCUGCUGCGGACGCGGAAGGGCUGGAGGAGAUUGGGCCGCUGAGCACGUGGUGGGAGCAGCCGGGCCACUGGGGCGAGGAGAGCGAGUUCAAGGGCUUUGGCAGCGCCGUCAAGGUCGUGGAGAAGGAGGUUCUGGAGGUGUAUCUGCGACGGGCGGUGGUGGAGGCGCUGGCGCUGCAGCAGAAGGGCGUCUUUGCGGAGUGGGCUACGAAGAAAUGGUCCGAGGGGGGGGCGAGGGGCGAGAUGGACCAGGCGCUGGCUGCGCAGGUGGAGGUGCAGGAUGGCAAGGCUACGUUGAAGGGCGAUGCUUCGGCGAUUGCCGAGGCUCUGACGAGUGAGGCUGAGGAGGUUGAAUCUACGCCGCCGGUCAUUACUGUCGAGGAGGCCAGGGAGAUGACCAAGUCGUGGGAUUCAUCAUGGAAGAACGUUGCGUUGGACAAUCCCCUACGAUUUGCGCUCCGCAAACGCCUCUACCAACUCACAGGAGUCCUCAUCCCCGACGCCAAACUCGCCGCCGCCAACACCGCCAAGCACAUCCUGACCCUCGCGGCGCGGGACCCCAAGCCGCUGAAGCUGGCGCAGGUGCUCGAGAAGCGCAACGCCUUUGGCGACCUCGCCAACGUAAAGGUGCACGAGCGCAGGGUCGGCCCGAUCGACAAGGAGGUGGCCGUGGGACGGUGGAAGGUGAUUGAGGAGGAGCUUAAGAAGCGCGACCUGCCGGUGACGGGGUACGGGGACGCGCCGCGGAACAAGGAGAGGGAUUGGUUGACGGGGAAGAUUUGA